CAAGUACAUCAAAUCAUCAAUACACCCGAUGGCUUUAAGAGUGACGCAACUGCACUCCGCCAUCUCCUCUCUCCUUCCUUUCUCUUCCAACAAAAUCCUCCGACACACCAACUUUAGAACACCCUUUUGCUUAUCCACCUCUACAAUGUCAACCGAGUCAUCAACCCCACUCACUCACACCAUCACCUUACCGGGUCAACCCGUUGAAAUCGUUGCUGCACCCGGAAUCACCCCUUCCGAGUUCAGGAAUGCAAUUGAGUCCUCUUUGUUUCAACAAUGGCUGAAAAACCUGCAGGCCGAAAAUGGGGCUUUGACUAAUGGGGCCAUGUCCUUGGAGAAAGUCCUUAUUCAGGGAGUGGAUUAUUUUGGAAAGCGCAUUGGGUUUAUCAAGUUCAAAGCAGAUGUUAUUGACAAGGAAAUGGGGAAAAAGGUACCAGGCAUUGUGUUUGCACGAGGAGCUGCUGUAGCCAUCCUCAUACUCUUGGAGUCUGAGGGUGAGACUUAUGCUAUUCUUACAGAACAGGUUAGGGUUCCUACCGGGCGGUUUGUUUUGGAGUUGCCAGCUGGAAUGUUGGAUGAUGACAAGGGGGAUUUCGUGGGUACUGCAGUUCGCGAGGUCGAAGAAGAAACUGGUAUAAAAUUGAAUAAAGAGGACAUGGUUGAGCUUACAGCCUUCUUGGAUCCAUCUACUGGAGGCAAAAUUUUCCCCUCACCGGGAGGUUGUGAUGAAGAACUGAGUGUGUUUCUAUGCCGAAGAAAGGUGGAUAAAGAGAUAAUUGAGCAGUUGCAGGGUAAGAAAACUGGUCUAGAAGAACAUGGUGAGCUAAUAAAAGUGCACGUAGUCCCAUAUGCUCAACUUUGGCGCUUCACAGCUGAUGCCAAAGUUCUUAUGGCCAUUGCCCUUUAUGAAAUGGCUCAAAGAGAUGGCUUGUUGUCAAAAUCUUAAUCAUUUAGCCACACAAGGUUUUGGGGUCUGAGAUUGAUGUAAAGGGGUGUGAUUUUGAGCUGAUUCCGAAGUGUUGUCAAAUUAAAACCCUAGCUAGAAGUUUUAUAUAAAACAGGAAACUGAUAAAAUAAAUGUUAAUAUUGUUUCCUAUAUUCUUUAAAGAUAGAUUUUGAGUAAUUAUGUGAAUUAGAGUUGUGGUAGGAUAGAAUAGGGUUGUACACCUAUAAAGAAUUAAAUAUAUAUUGAUUAAGAGAA